AUGUCUUCUGCUUCUGUAGAAGACGAUGUUCCACAAUUAUCAGCAGAAACGUUUGCUGCCUUACAAGAAUUUUACAAAGAACAGGAAGAACGUGAUAAAGAAUGUAAUGCAGGAAUAGUAAAUAAAAGUGCAAUUUUUGAAGAAGAUUGGCAACUGAGUCAAUUUUGGUAUGAUGAUCAUACAAUAGAAGUACUAAUUGAUGUGGCUAUAAAAGUUGUAGGGUUCAAUGGCAAAAUAGCUCUAGUAUCUUGUCCAACUCUGUAUAGACCAUUGAGAGAAAAAUCAACAAAUUGUGAAAUUACCUUAUUUGAAUAUGACAGAAGAUUUGCAGCAUAUGGUGAAGAUUUCAUAUUUUAUGAUUACAAAUCACCACUUGGAAUACAAAGAGAUAAAGCAGAUUACUAUGACUUGGUCAUAGCAGAUCCUCCAUUUUUGUCUGAAGAAUGUUUAACAAAAACAGCUGUGACUGUUAGAUAUCUCACAAAAAACAAAAUAAUAUUGUGCACAGGAGCUGUAAUGGCAGAUUUGGCAAAUAGGUUAUUAGAUUUAAAAAAAUGUUCUUUUGAACCAAAACACAAAAAUAAUUUAGGAAAUGCCUUUUGUUGCUACUCAAAUUUUGAUAUGGAUUCAUUCUUAUGAUAAAUAAAGAACUUUAUCAUUA